AUGGAACUCAGCUUUGUCAACCAAGUUCGACCCUACAGAACUGUCUGGCGUCUACAAGUUAAGGUCCUUCAUGCUUGGAAACAGUUCACACCUCUUUCAGGAGAAACCUUGGAAAUCGUUUUCUCUGAUGGAUAUGGUAACAAGAUUCAUGCAUCAUGUAAGAAGGCAUACUUUGAUCGUUUGGAGAAUAAAGUACCUGUUGAUGCUUGGAGAAACAUUGACCAUUUCUUGGUGACUAAUAAUGGCGGUAGUUACAAGCCUACAAAUCACCAAUACAAGAUUGUCUUUAUUCCCACCACUGACAUCACUCCUUCAACACUGCAAGAGGAAAACAUGUUCCUUAGUUUGGUUGACUUUGAAAGCAUUCAAAGUGGAAAACUUGAUACAACCAACUUAAUUGAUGUUAUUGGACAAGUGUUUGAGUUGGGAGAUCUGGAAACUGUGCAGUGUCACGGUAAACAAAGAAAGAAAAUCGAGUUCAGCUUGAGAGACAUCAGUGAUCAAAAGAUACCUUGCUACCUUUGGGGAAAGUUUGCUGAAGCAAUACACAGUUUCAGCCAACAAGCUGAAGAAGAAAUUGUAAAAGACAUUGGAGAGCUUCUUGCAUCAACUCAGAUUGGGCAAUGCAGAAUCAUUAGCACAAUCUAUGCUAUUGAUAAGGAUUGGGGAUGGUACUAUUUCGGAUGCAAUGCUUGCCGGGAAAAAAGGUUCAAGAUUCAUGUAAUGGUUAAGGAUGGUACUGGAGAAGCAACCCUCAUGUUAUUGCACUGGACUGCACAAGGAAUUGUGCCUGACUUCUCGAUGAUUCAUUUGAUGAGAUGCAAGUAA